AUGGAAGAGGUAUUAAUAUCACAAGAUUAUUUAGAUCAUUUACAAAGAGAAGAUGAUUAUAGCACUUCUACAACAUUACAAAGAAGAUGUAUCAUUGAAGUGGAAGACAAUAAUGCUAAUAUUGAAGAAACUACAAAGUCUCAAUCAAAACAAUCUAAUGGCCGACCUUUAGCUGGUGUUUGGAAGUUUUUUGAUUAUGAUAAAAAAGAAUCUAAAAAUGGUCAUCGUUGGGCUACUUGUUUUAAAUGUAAUAUGCAUUGGAGCCAGGGUAGACCUGUUGAACUUGAAGAGCAUAUUGCUUUAUAUUGUACAACUCAAGAAAAAGAAAUAAUUCAAUUUUAUUCUCAGAUUGUUGCUAAACGAAGAGGCAAAGGUAGUCAAGCGGUGUCUUCUAAUGUAAUACAGGGAAUAGAACCAACUAAAAAAAAAAGGAAACAUAAUCCAGGUGUUCUUUCAACCUUAGCAAUUAAAUUAUUUUCUGUCCAUCCACAUUCUGCUAGCUGCGAACAUAUUUGGUCAUGUUGUGGGUGGUUUCAGGGAGAACGUCGAACUCAAUUAACAUCAUCACAUUUAGAAUCCAUGGUAAAAAUAAAUAGCUUUUUGAUUUCAAAUGCAAAACAAGAAUUGCAAUAUUAUGGUGUAGAUUUGACAGAAGAAGAAUUGUUGGGUGUUUUUCAAGAAGCUGCUUUGGUAGCUGAAACUAAUGAUGAUUUAGAAGAAUUUGUUGACCUACCUGAUGAUUCUAAUAUUGAAUAUGAAGAUCAACAAUUAUUGUUAGACGAUUUAAUGGAUUUAACUAAUCCUGAAUUUGGCAAUGAAGAUAAGGAUUCAAAUAGUGAGGAAAAUGAUGAAAAUGAUGAUAAUGACACAGAUAGCAAUAAUGAAGAUAAUGAAUUUGAUGAAGAUGAAUUUGGAGCAGCAUUUGUACAAAGUUUACAGAAUGAAUAG